AGUAAGCAAAGGGAACCCAAUCAUGCAAAGCCAAUGAAUAACGCUCAUUGACUGCAAACAAAUGCAUGUUACACACUGCAAAUACGCGUGAAACAUGCAUCACCAUACACACACUCACACAACUCAGAUGCAGCCAGGUCCACUUACAUGUUACUUCAAGUGUGAGAUGGGACCGGUUCGCACCGGAGCAGUGUAUAGGAGCGUUAGUUGCGCUCGUAACCUAUUGACUAUUGAGCGCACGUAUACGACUGCGCCAUUGAGUGCCAGGCUGCAUAUCCCCAUGCAGGGCUGGCCCCACAUUACAUGCAUUGCGGCCUGCGGAGUUAUCGAUUAAUUUUUCCACAAAGCGGAUGGCAUUGAGGCUGCGCAACGAUUGGGGAUCUCAAUUCACCUUUGACAUCACCACCUCAAUCUGGUUGAUAAGAUAUUCACUCAAUUCUUGACAACAACCACUGUCUGGACAGACAAGCACCUGGCUGACUGCAACAAAGACAGAGCAAAGACAGAGCAAUGAAGAAGUCAUUCGAAGUUUCAGGAUGUCUUUGUGCCAAUCUCGCGAGAACGCCAAGGGAAAGGCCGUCGCUCCCUCGCGCGCUGACAGACGCAGCACCACAGACGCUUUUGAGAAUCGGUGAAUGUCUGUCAGUUUGGAUUACUGCUUCAUGCCUCUGAAAUAAAAAACAACCCAUAUGGGAAGCUCAACGAACGAACGAAGCCCUUUUCUCUUUCUCUUUCUUCUUCUUGUCGUGACUGACUGCUGUCCCUACAAUGUAGACGCGGAGAAAUCACUUCGCGGCCAGAUGUAUCCAAACAUCAUUUUUCAUGGCCGACGAUUUGGGCUACGGCGACCUUGGAAGCUUCGGCCAGCAAGACAUCAAGACGCCGCAUCUCGACAAGAUGGCGGCGGAGGGAAUGCGCUUCACCGACUUCUACGCGGGCUCGACGAUCUGUUUGCCUUCUCGCUUCAGUGUGUGGACAGGCCAACACACGCCAACACACGGGCGAAAGCGACAGGCUUACCAGUAGCUUUCGCCGCAAUGGGCCCCCCUUCCCCUCUGAUCCAAUUCCUCCCAUCACUUUCCCGAACAUCGUCGCAAUCUGCUUGCUCUGUGCGAUCCAGUAGACUGAGAACACCCUCGUGGCCCUCCUCUUGCGUCUCCCGCAGAGAUCGCUAGAGGGUAAGAACUCGACGGAGGUCAGCGGAGUAGCAUCGUACUCCCCUCCGACGGCCACGAGAUACAUAUCAUCGAUAGCCACGACUCCAUGCGCUGCGCGAGGCUGAUUUAGAAGCGGGCCCUCAUACCAGCUCAUCGUCUGGCAGGGUCAUCUGCCUGCCACGACGUAGAUGCCUUCAUCGAAGACGGCGGCGCCGAUAUGCCCAAGGUGCACUGGUGGGCCAUCCUCUCGUCCCACUCGUUGAUCGAUGCAUUGAACACCGUCAUCGAAGGAAGCGGGACGUCAGUGCUGAGGUCUUUCCGCACGCCGUUAUCUUCUAUGCCACCAAUCACGUAGACAUGGCCGUCACGUGUGACCGCUGCUCCAGCCGCUCGUGUUGUAGGCAU